GUGACAUGGAACUAAUGAGGGAGUCUGCUGCUCAUUGGAUCAUGAUGCAUGAACAUCCAUUUACCAUUUUGGAGGAAGUAGGAUUUAACCUCAUGAUGAAAAGUGGAAUGCCCGAGUGGAAAAAUAUUAGUAGAAACACAAGCAAAUCAGAUUGUUUAAAGGUUUAUGAGAUUGAAAAGAAGAAGUUGAAGAACAAUCUUAAAUGUGUUAGUAAAGUAAGUUUGACAAUAGAUUGUUGGAAAUCAAAAAAUCAGAAGAUUGAGUAUAUGGUUGUUACUGGGCACUGGAUUGAUUUUUCUUAGAGGUUGCAGAAGAGAGUUUUAAGUUUCAUUAACAUUCCACCACCGAUGGGAGAUAUUCAGAUUUCUGAUGCUAUAUUUAGAUGCAUGAAAGAGUGGGGCAUUGAAAAAAAAGUUUUUACAAUUACAGUUGAUAAUGCUUCAAGUAAUGAUUCUGCUAUUCGGUACAUGAAGGAUAUACUUCAAAGGUCAAUAAGUUUGGUAUGUGGGGGACGUUUAUUUCAUGUUCGUUGUUGUGCGCACAUUUUGAACUUGUGUGUUCAAUAUGGAUUAGAUGAGAUUCAACACGCCAUUAGUGAUGUUAGAGAUAGUGUGGAAUAUGUGAACCGGUCGGAGGCCAGGCGUAUACAAUUUGCAGACUGUGUGCAACAAUUGCAAUUGAAAGAUAGGAAAUUGAUUUGUGAUUGUAAAACUAGAUGGAAUUUGACUUUUGAGAUGUUAAGUUGUGCACUCAAGUUCAAAGAAGCUUUUAAGAUGCUAAAAGAUCGUGAUCCAUUCUUUGACCGCUGUCCAUUGGAAGAUGAUUGGGAUAAAGUUGCCAAACUUUGCUCAAUUUUAGAGACUUUCUGGACAGCUACUCACAUUAUUUCAGGUUGUGAGUACCCUACUUCAAAUUUGUUUCUUCAUGAAGUUCAAAAAAUCAAAUCAGCAUUGGAUAGUCAUGUAGAUGAUGAAGAUUCCUUUAUUAGGAAUUUGGUUAGGAGAAUGAAGAUGAAGUUUGAUAAAUAUUUGGGAGAGUGUAAUUUGUUGAUGGCUAUAGCUGUUGUCUUUGAUCCAACAAAGAAAAUGCUUGGAGUUGAAUUUUGUUUCUCUAGACUUUAUUCUAAUGAUGAAGCUAAGGAGAAUAUAGCAAAAGUGAAGGAGAUCAUCAAUAUUCUUUAUGAAGAGUAUGUUGUUGAAUCAAUGAACAAAAACAAUUAUGAAAAUCCAGGUUCUUCUAACACUUUUGGAAGUCAAGUUAGCCAUCAAAGUUCUAUAUAUACUUGGGAUGAAUUUGAUGCAUAUUGUGCACAAGUUGAAGCUUCAAAGCCUAAAAGAUCGGAGCUAGUAGACUAUCUAGAAAGUCGACGUCUUAAGACAAAUGAGGUUCCUAGCAACUUUUCUUGUUUAGACUGGUGGAAGAUGAAUAGAAUGCAUUAUCCAAUAUUGUCAAAAAUGGCAGCAGAUAUUUUAGCUAUACCUCUUAGCACCGUGGCUUCAGAAGCAACGUUUAGCGCUGGGGCAAGGAUAAUUGAUUCUUAUCAUGCAUCAUUGUUGCCUGAAACGGCACAAGCUUUACUUUGUGGUAGUGAUUGGCUUCGACAUAUACACGGAGUUACUAAAACUAAAAAAGAGAAAUCAUACUAAAAAAUUUUUCUUCCGAUAUCCAAUUCAUGAAA